AAUAAUCCAUCCAUAUCGAGGGCAAGAAAGCUAAAACCCUACGCCUCCGUGUAACGACAUCAACGAAUCCUCUAUAUAAACCACUAACCCUAAUUUCUAGCAGCUUCACUCCUACUUAGCCACUCUCAUUUUUCCUCCCAAAGCUUCCAUUUUUCACCUCGCAAGGCCAAUUCACCAUGUCCGAUGACGAGAGAGACGAGAAGGAGUUGGAUCUCACCUCUCCUGAUGUUGUAACCAAGUACAAAAGCGCCGCAGAGAUCGCUAACAAGGCUCUGCAGUUGGUUAUUUCAGAAUGUAAACCUAAGGUCAAGAUUGUGGACAUUUGCGAGAAAGGGGAUUCGUUCAUUAGAGAGCAAACUGGUAACAUGUACAAGAAUGUCAAGAAGAAGAUUGAGAGAGGUGUUGCCUUCCCAACUUGCAUUUCUGUAAACAAUACUGUCUGUCAUUUCUCUCCUCUUGCUAGUGAUGAAACGGUUUUGGAAGAAGGGGAUAUAUUGAAAAUUGAUUUGGCAUGUCAUAUUGAUGGGUUUAUUGCUGCUGUGGCUCACACACAUGUUCUUCAAGAGGGGCCUGUUACAGGACGUGCAGCGGAUGUCAUUGCUGCAGCAAACACGGCUGCUGAAGUGGCAUUGAGGCUUGUUAGGCCUGGAAAGAAGAACCAAGAUGUAACUGAUGCGAUUCAGAAGGUUGCUGCUGCCUAUGAUUGUAGGAUUGUUGAAGGUGUUCUUAGCCACCAAAUGAAGCAGUUUGUGAUUGAUGCAAAUAAGGUUGUGCUAAAUGUAUCUAAUCCUGAUACAAGGGUUGAUGAUGCGGAGUUUGAAGAGAAUGAAGUUUAUGCAAUUGAUAUUGUAGCCAGCACCGGAGAAGGCAAGCCUAAGCUGUUAGAUGAGAAACAGACAACUAUUUAUAAGAGAGCUGUUGAUAGAAGUUAUAACUUGAAGAUGAAAGCAUCUAGGUUCAUUUACAGUGAAAUUAGCCAAAAUUUUCCCAUCAUGCCAUUCUCUGCCAGGGCUUUGGAAGAAAAAAGAGCUCGUCUGGGUUUAGUGGAAUGCAUGAAUCAUGAGCUUCUGCAACCAUAUCCAGUUCUACAUGAAAAAUCUGGUGAUUAUGUUGCCCAUAUCAAAUUCACAGUCUUGCUUAUGCCAAAUGGUUCAGAUCGUAUCACAUCUCACUCACUCCAGGAAAUUCAGCCUACUAAAACAGUAGAUGAUCCUGAGAUUAAAGCCUGGUUAGCCUUGGGUGUUAAGACAAAGAAGAAGGGCGGUGGGAAGAAGAAGAAAGGUAAGAAAGUUACUGAAGGGGAAGCCGAAGCUGAUCCCAUGGAUACAACAAACGGUGCCGGGGCUGCAACACAAGAGCAAAAUUGAGGCUGCAUAAAAAUCCUUAGGAUUUCACUUUGGUCCCUUUCAAUUUUGUUACAUUUUUCCCUUAGCAUUCCGACAAUGUCAAUAGGAAUUUCCAUGUGCACAUUCCAGUACUACCUUGACAAGAAUGCUAUCUGUCUGUUUAAAACAUUACUUGUGCUGUGUAGUUUUAUUUGAAGCAAAGUAAAUCAAAUUUAAGAACAAGACUUUAUAUC